AUGUGUGAAAUACAGCAAUCUGUAAAAGAACAACUAACAGAAAUUAAUAGUCUACAUAUAACUUCGGAUUUAGAAAAUGAUAUUAAUGAAGCAGCUGAACCGAAAUUGCUAAAUUUGCCAGUAGAGAUUAUUUUAAAAAUUUGUUCAUUUUUGGAAGCAGAUGUUUUAAAGUACAGCUUAAGUAAAGUAUGCAGAAGAUUUGAAAACAUUUUAGCUGAUGAGCACCUGUGGAAGUUUUGGGUACAUAGUAAAAUAAAAGGUUACUUUCCUGCACUGCCAAAUUUGAAAAUAUGGGAUGAUUCACCCAUAGAGUGGGAGGAAAUAUGUGUUGAAAUGGAUGUUGAAAGGAAGAAAUGGUGUAAUGUAAAGGAAACAACUAAGCAUAUAGUUAUUAAAGAUGUUCACUAUGCAUCAGUAGAUACAGUACUUUUGGCAAAUAAGGGUGGAAUCUGUUUAUCUGGGGGAAGAGAUCGUGGUAUGGCUUUUUGGCAUGUAAUGGAUUUAAAGGCCAGUGCUAGUGCUUUUGAUGGUACUACUAUCCUCAGAGAUGCAAAACCUCAUCAUAUUAAACAUGAUGCACAUGCAGGAUGGGUAUGGGAUCUAGCUGCAGAUAACAUCGAAAAUGCCUCUGUUAUUUUCUCAGCUUCAUGGGACAAUACUGUCAAAGCCUGGGACUUGGUCAGUGGACUAAAUUGUAUUGAAACUUUUAGAUGUGGAAUGUCCGCUUUGUCAGUUGAAUACAGCACUGUACAAACCAGUACUAUUGAUGUGACACAGUUGCGGUACCAAAACGGCGUUUUGGUUAUCGGAACAUGCGAUUCAGCCCUUGAAUUUUGGAUUCAAAACAACAGUUACAGUCAUGAACUA